AUGGAUAAGGAUAACGACGGGUCAUCUGGUCGUCCGAGAACGCGUAAGUUUAUACCGAAAGGUCGCAAAAAGACCAGAGCACCUGUGCCCACACCUGAGGUUGGUGAUAAUGACGAUGGUGAAGAAGCCAGAAAGGCCGAGGCUCUGUUUCGUCAGUUCAAUGAGAAUCUCCAAAGACGGGGGCCUAAAGUCGAAAAGAAAUCUUCAGUGAGAGUUGCAUUUGGUCCUGGAGCAGAUACAUCCUCAACAUCUAUUAGAACAUAUGGAACUGCAAAGGAUGGUACUGGCAAAAGCAGCAGCUCAGUACUCGAAGACUCUGAUGAUGAUCAAAGUCUACCAACUUUGCCUGAAGUUGGAAAAGAUGUGUCCAUGGAAGAUGCUACUGAUGUAGCACCUCUUCAGACUGUGAAGCAAAGAUACACAGAAUGUUGGGAUUCUGAGACUACAUACUAUCCUACUACUCUCCCUCUCAGGAAGCCCAACUCUGGAGACCCAGAAGUCCUUAAUGAGAAUGAAUUUGGGGAGGAUGCUGAAAAAGAGUAUGAUGAGAGCACUAUAAACCAUGCUGCAGAACUUGGGCUGCUGGAGGAAAAAGUGGAAGCAAGGAUGUUGUUUGUUCAACUUCCUACCAUUUUGCCACUGACCAAGCGAUCAGCUACUGCAAAGGGAAAAGAGAAAGUUGGAAGCUCAACAUCACUGGAGAGCACAGGUGCUCCAAAGAAGGGGUGUAGUUUGGAGGAGCUGCCCGGCGGAUAUAUGGGUAAAAUGCUAGUCUACAAGAGUGGAGCAAUCAAGUUGAAGCUCGGAAAUACCCUCUGUGAUGUUUCACCUGGUUCAGAUUGUCUAUGUGAUGAAGAUGUUGCGGUAAUCAACACUGAGGAGAAGACAUGUUGUGUUCUUGGAGGGAUCAGCCACCGAGCUGUAGUAACUCCUAAUGUAGAUUCCCUCCUAAAUGUGAUUAGCUUGGAUUAA